AGUAUCCUGAAAGAAGAGAUGUCCGGCACCGUGAGUGUAGACAUCGCCAUCACUGAAAGCCCAGAUCUGAAACAGAUUUUAGAUGACUUACGUGCAGAGUAUGAAGACAUCGUUCAGUAGUAACAAGCAGGAGCUUGAGAUGUGGUUCAACAAGCAGGUGGAAACUAAGCAAGCUACAGCCAUCCAGGAAACAGACGUCAGUGAAAGUUCAAAGAUAGAAGUGACGGAGCUUCACCAUCAGCACCAGAGCCUACAGACAGAGAUGGACACCUUGCUGGUCUCUAAAGGCGCCUUGGAGGAUAACCUGGCAGCAGUGAAUGGCCGCUAUCAGAUGGAGCUUCACCGUUACGCUGCCCUGGUGGGCACCAUGGAGGGGGAGUUGGUGAGCAUUCGGAACAGCAUAACCUCCCAGUCUGAGGACUACAGGAGCCUUCUGAACAUCAAAGAGAAACUGGAGAAGGAGAUCGCCAUGUACAGGCAGCUGCUGGAAGGAGUGGAGCUGGGCACUGGUGGAGCCUCGUCUGCCAUCAGUGGCAGUUUCACACAAACCACAGUGGUAACCAAAGAGGUGAAGACAGAAGUCAAGGAAUAACACAAUGGAGACCUCAACCCCAUCAUCAGAGAGAAGAUGAGGCUCAGCGGGUGACUUCUUGGACCUUUAAAACAAUUGCAACGCAGACAGAAAGAGAAGCCUCUUCACUUGGCUUGGGUUUUUAGAUCCUACUUGGUUUGGGGAAUUUUCUUGGCUCUUGUGCUACUUGGGAAUGCAAUGCUUGAAUCCUGUGUGACAAUAAAGAAUUAUGCAGCA